AUGAACACAAAAUUACUCCAGAACGUUAUAGAAUUACGAGAAAAGACGGGACCAAUUUUCGGUACCUCUGUUUCUGUAGAAUUAGUUGAAGAAAAGUUAAUCGAAUUUUUCGGAACCAAAAGUAAAUUUGGAACCAAUUUAAGAAUGGUUCACAUUGGCAUUGGACAGGGUAUGCUUUCUGUUAUGGUUCGCAUAUGGCCAGACUGGACUCCAGCAGACCGGAGCCUUCCAAAAACAGUUAUUGCCAAAAUAUCCAGUUUGGUAACUAUCCAAAUGGUUAUGAAGGACAGCCGCGUUAUGGAGGGAAUAGACGAUUCAGAAAAGGGUAUGGAAAAAAUGCAACAAGGGAUGAAAGUUACUUUGACGGAGGGUCACAACGCAGAAGUUGAUUUCUACAAUGCAGUUGAAAAACACAGGUUAGAAAUCAAAACACCGAAACUAUAUUUUGCUCAAAAGUAUAUAGGAAGUAGUGAUCAAGCCUUUAUACUGAUGGAAGAUGUCGGUGAAGAAGCCUUUAUCAUUCCUUCGUUUGAAAAAAUAACAAUCGAAAACGCAAAACAGGUGCUUCAACAGCUAGCUGUUUUCCACAGCUACUCACUCAAGGAACCAAAAUUACUCGAACUAGGAAAUAUGACUGUAGAAAAAUUGAAAAAGUUUUUCUACACUUCUCAGGUUUUCCUCGGUUGCAUUAUGGGAUUAAAACAACUUGGCAACGCGAAACUGAAUGAGCUAUCUGAUAAGCUGCUUGAAGAAGCAGACAAAAUCACAAACUUAGAAGGCUUUGCAAAUGUGAACGAAAAAUUUGGUUUGCCGCCAAUACUCGUACAUGGUGACUUUUGGUCAUCCAAUAUAAUGUGGACCCAUGAUAAUGGCAAUAAUAAAUUUAAAGCUAUUAUUGACUGGCAGAUGGUACACUGUGGAAGUAUAGCUGAAGAUCUAGCCAAAUAUUUAUUCUGCGCUCUCAGUGCGGCAGACAGACACCAACAUCUAGAAGAACUGGUCAACUACUACUAUGAUGAGCUGCAGCGUAACCACGGGCAACCCCUGUCAUUUAAUCUUCAGCAGUUGGAAAAAUCUAUUUCUCACAUUUCACCGACCAUGAUGGCGAUGAUUAUACCAGCAUUUGGACCACUAGCCGCAGCUCAAAUCGAGUUGAAACAUCCACAUCAAACGAAUGAAUAUAUGAAUUAUUGUAUGGAAAAUGCUAUCGCUUUGGCUGAGGAUGCAUUACAUUAUUGCCAUUUAAAUCAAGUACAAACAUAG